CGGGCGCCGGGCCCUCAGGCGGGGCGGCAGGCACCGGACCCCCAGGCGGAGGCGGGGCGACCCCCAGGGGGCCGGACCCCCAGGCGGAGCGGGCGGCGCCGGACCCCCAGGAGGGACGGCAGGCACCGGGUCAUCAGGCACGACAACGGGCAUCGGGUCACCAGGCAUCAGGUCAUUUGGCUCGCCAGCGGGCACCGCGUCAUCUGGCAAGGCAGUGGGCACCGAGUCACCAGGCACGACAGUGGGUUCCGAGUCAACUGGCAUUGGAUCGUCUGGCUCGACAGCGGGCAUUGGGUCACCAGACAUCAGGUCAUUUGGCUCGACAGCGGGCACCGCAUCAUCUGGCAAGGCAGUGGGCACCGAGUCACCAGGCACGACAGCGGGCAC